CUCUUCUAUAUAGGAGUGGACUUCAUGUGCACUCUCGCAAAGCAAUCAAGAAACACAUCGACACGCACUUCUCACCCAUUAAUCAACCCUGAUCUCGUAUCGCACGUUUGCGGUUCAAUAAACACAAAGCUGGCUAAUAUCACUCCCAACGAUCUGGCAGCCAAGCGCGGGCUGUUCUCACGCGAGAGUCCAAACCUGACCCACCCUCCUUGAGACGCAUGGUGAGAGCGAUGAAGAUGUUGCCAGAGUGUGACUGACUAAUUAUAGUAACCCGAAUGUCCAUUCUUGCCAAUCCUCACCCAGUUCGACAUGCCUAACCCAGUGAUUCGGUGGCUUUGCAGCCCAGGCGCCCGCACCGAGCUCCAGUUCUCCGUACCCACGCAUGUCGCACACAAUGAGAAAGUCACUCCGUUCUUGUCCGAGAAUCAGGAUACGUCUACCGAGACCCCAGAGACUUACGUUUCUCUGGUCAAGUCAAGGCGUCUCGAUCGUUGGCUGGAUCGCGUCGUGGUGAUCUCCGGCUCCGAGUUCACCUAUGUCGCCAUCCUCAUCGGUUUGCUUGUUUGGGCUUUUCUCGGCAUCCCCUUUGGCACAACCGACUCGUACAAGAUCGUGAUAUCGGAUGCGCAGGCAAUCAUCAACCUGGUCUUCGACGCCUUCUUGAUGCGCCAGCAAUUCAACCAACACGACAAUCUGCUUAUGGUCGCUGGCUCCUUGCGCUCUCGGGCCAGUAGCCAUAAACGUAUGCUCGGAUAUCUUGUUGAAAAGGGACAAUUGACUCGAGUUGAUGCUGCGCAAUUCCAAGCCCUUCCAUCGAACGAGAAGGCGGACCAACUCCCACGAGAGGACCGAUUGACAAGACUAUCCAGCGCUGCAUCCUCUUCCCUCGGUCACAUCGGUACGGCCGUAGGCUUCUGGUGUUGCAUCUUCAUCUGGCUGGGCUUCGGGCACUAUUGCGGAUGGUCGAGCACCUGGCAGCUUUACAUCAAUUCGGCGACCUCCGCGCUCAUGGUCCUUCUCUUAGCGUUCCUUGCGAACACUCACGAACGACACAGUCGCUACACUGCAGAAUGUCUAAAGUCAAUCUGGAAAGCUGACGCAGCUCUUGAGCUCCAUCUUCGAGAAUUGUCCGGCGACCGGGUCGAGAACCCGAUGAUCGUCCUACCCGAGCGAAAGCGAAGCGGCGUUCAGCGCGCGAUUGAUUACUAUGCCGACUUGGUUGGGACACUCGCCGGUGUUGUAAUCCUGGUACUCGUCAUCAUCAUCUGGAUCAUUUGCGGUCCUGCGCUGCACUUCGAUUCAAGCUGGUGGCUCCUGAUGGGCACAUAUGCUGGACUGGUUGGUCUGAACGACGGCUUUGUGCUACGAAAUAUCUUCCAGGUUCUGGGAGACUAUGAAGACGAGCAGUUCAUUGAGGUCAAUAGGGAGGAUCACAACACCCUGGCGGUCGUCGGAGUUGAGUCACUAGAUGAGGAACAAGUCACUACACAGUCGCUUUCAUACCGUAUCUCCGUCCGAGUUGGCUACUUCUGCUCCUAUCAGUGGAUGGUCGUAAGCGGAGUGGUCCUGAUCCUUGGGCUUAUCGUUGGUGCUUCGGCCAUGCGAUGGACAGAGACUGGUCAACUUCUUUGCAACAUCCCGCCCAGUGUCAUCGAGUCUUUCUUCACGUUGAUUCUCAUCACUGGUCACAAUAUCGGCGAAGCGAAGAGGCGCGUUGAUCUUCACAAUAUAAAUCUUCGCAGGCUCAAGAUGAUCUCCUAUGUUGAGCAGCAGAGCUCCAACAAAGGAGUUUUUGAGGUAGUAGAGCCUACGGCAAAGACGGAAGUCGACAGAGAUGUAAGCAUCAUGUCUUAGAGUGGGUAGAGGAAGCGCGAAGGACUAGGUCUAUCCCUGGUACGUGUCAAACAUAUGAGCUGGAAGAUGAGGCUGAUCCGGUGGUUGACGAGGAGUGUUGUUGAGUAAAGGUGGAAGAUGAUGCGGAAGGUAUUCGGGGAAACUGCAGAGUUUUCUGUUAUGGGUUGCCAAGUAAACUUUUUCGCGUUCUAUAUUACAUAUUGUUGCGGUAUCAAGGGCAAAUGUAUAUGACAACUGUGUUG